AUGGUUGUCGGCAUUGAGGCUGGGUUCAAAAUCAACAACCUGAACAACCUGAACAACCUGGGUCACAUAAGACCCACGGGUGGCUGUUUUGGAACAGCCACCUGCCAGAACAGCGGUGCAUCAUUUAACCGCCGCACUGCUUUGCCAGAAAUGUCAAAUGAAGACACCAACAGUGGUGCCAUGGAACUGGAAGGGUUGAAGAGGGCGCUGAAGGCCCUUGAUGACGGAAAAAUCCAUGUGAAUGAAUUGGUCACAGACAGGCACACCCAGGUGCGCAGCCAUAUGCAAAGAGAGCGGCCUGAUGUCACCCACCUCAUCGAUGCUUGGCAUAUUGCAAAAGGGCUAAAAAAGAAGCUGCAGGCUGUGUCACGAUCACGAGGCUGCGGUCUCAUUGAAGAGUGGAUCACGUCCAUCAUCAACCAAUUCUACUAUUCGGUGAAGAUUGGUGCGGGCGGAGGCGAGCUGGCAGUGGCUGUUUGGAAAUGUUUCCUAAGCCACGUGCAAAAUAAGCACUGCAACCACAGUGAUGACUAUCCGCAUUGUGAACAUGGGGACCUGUUGCCCAGAAAGUGGAUUUUUGCAGAGUAUGUUGGCCAACUGCUUGAAAUUGUUGAAGACUUUGUGGAAAGCAACAGAUUUGGCGCUGCUCACCUGACGGCCCUACCCCCUUUGCCACCUCUUACAAGCCGUUUUGAAGCUGUGGAUAAGGUAGAUCUAGUGCAGGACCACCUUUCACGGUUUGCACCAAGAGAACACCACCCCAGUGGUUUGGAAGACACAGAUGAUGAGAGUCUGUGA